AUUACCCCACCCCCAUUCGAAAAAAACCAACUGACAAUCUUCCGUUUUUCUUCUGCGUGUAUUUUUGUAGCCAAUCUGAAGCCAAAGCGCAAACGGCCAAACACCUGGGAUGCCCCAGAACACAUCCCGGAGGGAGCCCCCGGCGCCUACUACAACCUGUUGAACGUGCCAGGAGAGCAAAUCAAAAUCGAGCCUAUAGAUUCUCCAACGCGCCCGUUCAACGUCACGUACCAGGGCACCUACCGCAACCCGAACGAGAGUCCGUCCCCGUUGGCGCAGUCCCCAAUCGCCCAGCACGGGAACACAACCCCCCACGGUCCCGUUUCCCCGUACGCCCCCCACAGCGUCACCCCGUCCUAUCAACCCAACGACCUGCUGUACCAACUCCCCCAACAGUACAACUUUGCGACGCCCGCCCCCGGAACCGACCCGACCCUGUUCCAGCAGCAAGCCGGCCAACCGCAGCAGCCCCAGUUCCAGAUGCCCUCCAACAUCUCCAACUCCCAGCAGUUUAGCCUGGGCAGUCUGCUGAACGGAGUGCUGUCGGCCGCCGGUCCCAGCGGAAUGUCCGCCCAGGGCGUCACCGGUGACGUGAACCUCAGCAGCCUGCUGGACAUGGACCUGGGGAAGGAUUUCACCAUGAACUCGUCCGAGAUCAAGUCGCUCAUGGGCCACCUCUCCAACUCGGAAAUCAGGCAGGAACUGCUGCAGCAGCAGAAUCAGCAACAGCAGCAGAAUCAGCAGCGGAUGCAGCAGGAAGAGGAGAACCUUUCGAACAGUUUCACCAGACUGACGACGAACGUGCUCAACGAUUUGGGCAAAUAGUUAGUAGGCUGUGUGGAACGCCCGAACCCGAAUGUGCCUGUGUCUAGGUUAAGGCUAGGUUGAUCAGUCAACUUUGAAAUGAAAAAAAACGAGCUUCGUAGUAGGCUGCGCCCGAGCGAGCGAACAAUAUUUGUACAUCAGUGACGAUUUUUCUUCGUAGAUUGUUAAGUUUGCUAUAAAAAAAUCUUGAAAA